UUUGGGUUUAAAAGUUUGCAUCCAAUCUGUUCAUUCUACUCCCACUCACCAACCGUCACUCACAUCCCUUCUCCAUCCUGUUACACUCGCCGUGAAAAUCUUCUCGCUGAAUCAGAAGAAAUGUCAGAAGACACAGUAUCUCCAUACGAUGAGGCGAUGGAGGCUUUAUCUUCACUGAUAACGAAGCGCAGUCGUGCUGAUAAGAGCAACAAGGGCGAUCGAUUUGACUUAUUGUUUGAUUAUGUUAAGAUUUUGGAACUAGAGGAGCCGAUUAAACAGAUGAAGAUUAUUCACGUGGCGGGCACCAAAGGAAAGGGAUCGACUUGCACUUUCACAGAAUCUAUUCUGCGUAAUUGUGGCUUCCGCACUGGACUUUUCACAUCUCCUCACCUCAUUGAUGUUCGUGAGAGGUUUAGGUUGGAUGGUUUGGAUAUUUGUGAAGAGAAGUUCUUGGAAUACUUUUGGUGGUCUUGGGAUCGGCUGAAGGAAAGAACUUCUGAUGAGAUGCCGAUGCCGACAUACUUUCGUUUCCUUGCGUUGCUUGCCUUCAAGAUAUUUGCAGCUGAGCAGGUAGAUGUUGCGAUUUUGGAGGUUGGCUUAGGUGGAAAAUUUGAUGCUACAAAUGUGGUUGAGAACCCAGUUGUCUGCGGGAUAGCUUCGUUAGGGUAUGACCACAUGGAAAUUCUUGGAAAUACCCUUGGACAAAUUGCUGGGGAAAAGGCUGGGAUUUUCAAGAGUGGUGUUCCUGCCUUCACCGUACCGCAGCCUGAAGAAGCCAUGAGUGUUCUUGAACAGAAGGCCGCAGAGCUAGAUGUAAAUCUUCAAGUAGCUGCUCCUUUGGAUCCUAGCCUACUAAGCAGCCUGCAUCUUGGGCUUGAAGGCGAGCACCAGUACUUAAAUGCUGGCCUUGCAAUUGCACUUUGCUCAACUUGGCUUCAAAAGACUGGUCGCGUUGGAAUCAAUUACCUAAACCAAACUACCUCUUUGCCUGAAGAAUUCAUCAAAGGGCUUGCCACCGCUUCUUUGCAAGGACGUGCUCAGAUUGUCUCUGAUGAGUUCAUUGAGAAUGAUAACCCAGGCGAUCUCGUGUUCUACUUGGACGGUGCCCAUAGUCCUGAAAGCAUGGAUGUGUGUGCGAAUUGGUUUUCCAUUGCAACAAAAGAAGGCUAUAUUGUUCCAAAUAACCAGACUUACAAUGACUCUAAAGCAUUGCAUGAAUCGGGACAGAAUGCGCCAUUCAGAAAAAAAUCCACUCAGAUUUUGUUGUUCAAUUGUAUGUCAGUGAGAGACCCUCAGUUGCUUCUUCCACGCUUAGUGAAUGCAUGUGCCAGUCAUGGCGUCCACUUCAAUAAGGCGUUGUUCGUUCCGAAUACAUCAGUGUAUUACAAGGUCGGUAGUGUCGCACCACCUGCAGCUGAUGCUCAAGUUGAUUUGUCAUGGCAGAUCGCUCUCCAAAGAAUAUGGGAAAACCUUGUUAUUGCCGAAAAAGGGAGAGAUGCAAAGAAUGCAGAGUUAACGACUUGUGAAGCAGUUAAUGAUGAUACAGAGAAAGGUGCUAACGGUUCUGCAAACAGCACAGUUUUCACUUCGCUUCCUCUAGCUAUUAACUGGCUUAGAGACAGCGCCCGCAAAAACCAAUCGGUUCGAUUUCAGGUUUUAGUGACGGGUUCUUUACAUCUAGUGGGCGAUGUAUUGCGACUAAUCAAGAAGUAACAUACAUGCUAGGAUCAUUAGACUCUAAUCGAUCUUUUCUGCAUUUGGUUUGUUAAUUGCAACUUGUGUUCAUGAUUUUAUCAAGGCAACAAGGACAAGGUACCUUCUCCGUAGAGUUUUACAUAUGUUCUAUUUACUAACAUUGCGUAGAAACAACGGAAUGCUGAUCUGCACCAUUUUGAAGAAUUUAUUGUUUAUGUUAGAGAUGGUCAGUUGGUGGUUAUUUUUAUUGCUUUUUCGCCCCCUU